AUGGCUUCCAACGAAGUGGCAGAGCCCAUUGCGAAGGGGAUUAUUCCUACCGCUCGGCAGGCAUUUGGAGAUUUGUUCAUCUGGAAACAGCGUGUGGAAGUCACCAAUGAAUAUGGCGAGACUCGUACAGAAUGGCAGGCACCGGAGCCCAUUCGCAACCCAAUCAGCUUGAUGAUGCAGCUCUCGGCCCGGGACUGGCUUUUCUUUCUCAUGGGGUUCACAGCGUGGACUGCUGAUGCCUUUGACUUCCAUGCCCUGUCUAUCCAACAAAAGAAACUGUCUGACUACUAUGGCCGUUCGAAGACAGAGAUCUCGACUGCUAUAACACUAACCCUUCUUCUGAGGAGUGUGGGUGCCGCAUUUUUUGGACUUGCUGGAGAUAAAUAUGGUCGCAAGUGGCCGAUGGUUCUUAACAUGAUCAUUCUUGGAGUAUUGCAAAUCGCAACGAUCUAUAGUCACACUUUCCAGCAGUUCCUGGCAGUCCGAAGUCUAUUUGGCCUUUUUAUGGGUGGUGUGUAUGGAAAUGCUAUUGCGAUGUCCCUGGAGCAUUGUCCUGUGAACGCCAGAGGUCUCAUGUCGGGCAUUCUUCAGCAAGGGUACUCCUUCGGUUAUGUGCUUGCAGCAUGUGCCAAUCUCGGUGUAGGUGGGAGUACCGAUAGUUGGAAGACUGUAUUUUGGGCGGCGGCUGGGCUUUCCAUCGGCGUCGGUCUCAUUCGCAUUCUGUUCCCCGAAUCCCAGCAAUUCCUCGAGGCCAAAAAAGCAGGCAAACGGACGAUGACGGCGGCAGAGUUCUCCAAGGAGACUCGAACUAUGCUGGCCAAACAGUGGAAGCUUUGCAUUUACUGUGUCAUUUUGAUGACUUGGUUCAACUAUUAUUCGCAUACAUCCCAAGAUUCGUACACAACGUUCAUGCUCACAGAGAAAGAGCUCGACAACGCGGGUGCCUCCAGGGCUUCUAUCCUGAUGAAGACUGGAGCCUGCGUUGGUGGAACUAUUAUCGGCUACCUUUCACAAUUCGUCGGCCGUCGUCGCGCGAUGAUCGUAUCAGCUUUGAUUUCGGGCAUUCUCAUUCCUGCAUGGAUCAUGCCACAGGGUGAGCGAUCGUUAAGUGCCUCCGGUUCUUCGUCCAAGGAGCAUGGGGGGGUGAUUCCCAUCCAUCUGAAUGAGCUCUCGCCUCCCGAGUUCCGAUCCACGUUCCCUGGGUUGACCUACCAAAUCGGAAACAUGAUCAGUUCUCCAUCUGCGCAGAUUGUGAACGCUGUUGCUGAAAAGACCUGGAUCACUGCGGCAUCUGGUCACAGAGUAUCGGCUUAUGGGCCUGUAAUGGGUGUUGCAACUGCUAUAAUUGCCACAGGAAUCGCGGUGACUGCCGCUUUUGGACCCGAGAAACGUGGCCGGCGCUUUGAGAGUGCGGUGGCUGGAGUUGACGAGGUAGCUGCUACCAAGGUUGCGGAUAUUGAGACAGGCGAUCCAGAGAAGAAGAUUGGCAAUGGAAGCCAGGCGAAAGAAGAGAGAAUUGAGACUGUCAACGAGAAGUUAUGA